GGAUGGCAAUUUUGUAAAUGUUGAGCCAUCCCAUCCCACCCUUUUGUAAUUAGGAGGAAAACCGAGAAACCCGAUCAAUAAAACCGAACCGAAAUAACUCAAGUUCGGUUCGGUCCUAUUAGGCGAACCGCUCGGUUUUUACUUUGGCAAAAACUCGAGCCGAACCGAUUUAUACCCUACAUUGGUGACCGGCUACUACUAUCGAGUGCCGCUUGAUUGCUGCGAUACCUAACACAGAGCAGGAGGAAGACGAAGACGAAGACGAAGACGAAGAAAGGUGAAAAAGAUGAGGCUACUGACCCACAACAUGAUUUCAUCCAACAUCAAGGGCGUCGCCAAUGGCUUCCCUCUCCGGAUCGAGGUCGAGAAAGUGGUCGAGAAGCAGGUCGAUUUCAAUCCAGAUUUCCUCAGGAACAUGUUCUCCAAGAUCGAAUGGAAACCUCUCGUCGACGCUUCUCGGGCUCUGGGCUACGCCGACCUUCCCGACGAGGCCGAGUCGUCCAUGCUCGACUCCGAUGACUUUCUGCAACGAUUCCACCACGCCCUUCUCGAGCUGCAUCUCGAGGAGGGCGCUCUUGUUUGCCCGGAGACCGGCCGCCGAUUCCCCGUCAAUAAGGGUAUUCCCAAUUUGCUCCUCCACGAAGACGAGGUCUGAGUUUAUAUUUUACAGUUUAUAAAUUCCUCCAUGUUAGGGUUUUACUGGACCAGGCGCAGGUUUGUCAAGAAUUGGAAAAUUAGGGUUGUUUUGUUUGUUGGCCAUGGAUGGGAUUAAUGGAUCUCAGAUCUUUGUUACUAUAAAUUUUGACUGAAUUGUAUUUUGAUGGGUGGGAAGAAAACUGCGUGGAAAGAGUUGGCAAAAUUAGUGUACUGAUAAAACUCAAUGUUGUUUGGUUUCUUCCUUUCAUUUUGUGGAUCAAUUUUGAGAUCUUCCUUUUAGAAUUUGUCA